AUGUUAGAAGAAGAUGCUGCUAGGGUGCCGAGCACCAAUGAGCCUGAAAAUAUAGUAAAAGACGAAACAAGACCUGAUGAAGGUGAAACAUCAUUCACACUAUCUGAAGAGCAGAAAAAUUUAAACGAAACCAAACUUUUGCGGGACACGUUAGAUUUGCUUUGGGAUAAAACACUCGAACAGAGAAAAGUUUGUGAACAAUUACAACAGGAAAAUGAAUAUCUACAUGAGUAUAUCGAUAAUCUAAUGUCAUCUAGUAACGUCUUAGAUAAAUGA